UCUCCAGCCAGGUCCCGCUAGCCCUGCUAGGGUGUAUCUCCGCCCUUCUCCCCGCGGUAGCUCGGCUAGGAGGACAGUUGCCGCCCGCUCGCGGGCCAAAGCAGUUCGCGGGGCUUUGUGAUCCUAACGGCCGCCGUCACUUCACCCUCGGCUUCUUCGGGCCUGCUCGCCUGAGGGGCGCCUUGGAGAGGCGGAGGCCCCCGGGACACGGCCCGGGGUGGCCUGCAGCCCAUCCCCGCUCAGGGCUCGGAUGGGAGGUGACGGGAGGAGCGACCUGGGAUGUUCAGUCUGAUGGCUAAUUGCUGCGGCUGGUACAAGCGGUGGCGGGAGCCCGUCAGAAAAGUGACUCUUGUGAUGGUCGGACUUGAUAAUGCUGGUAAAACGGCAACAGCAAAGGGAAUCCAAGGAGAACACCCUGAAGAUGUAGCUCCUACUGUUGGAUUUUCCAAAAUUAACCUUAGACAAGGGAAAUUUGAAGUCACCAUUUUUGACUUGGGAGGUGGAAAAAGAAUUCGAGGAAUCUGGAAGAAUUACUACGCUGAGUCCUAUGGAGUAAUAUUUGUUGUGGAUUCCAGUGAUGAAGAGAGAAUGGAAGAGACAAAAGAGACAAUGUCUGAAGUGCUAAGACAUCCUAGGAUUUCAGGAAAGCCUAUACUGGUGUUGGCAAAUAAACAAGACAAGGAAGGGGCUUUGGGAGAAGCUGAUGUGAUUGAAUGUCUGUCUCUGGAAAAAUUGGUCAAUGAGCACAAGUGCCUAUGUCAAAUAGAACCAUGUUCAGCAGUGUUGGGAUAUGGAAAGAAAAUUGACAAGUCCAUUAAAAAAGGCCUUUUUUGGCUGCUACAUAUCAUUGCAAGAGACUUUGAUGCCUUAAAUGAACGAAUCCAAAAAGACACACUAGAACAACGUGCUCUUGAGGAACAAGAGAAAAGAGAAAGGGCUGAGAGAGUCCGAAAAUUACGGGAAGAAAGGGAACAAAGAGAACGAGAACAGGCGGAACUUGAUGGAACCAGUGGUUUGGCUGAGUUGGACCCAGAACCAGUUAUUGUUAAUCCUUUCCAGCCAAUAGCUUCUGUAAUCAUUGAGAAUGAGAAAAAACUUGAAAAAGAGAAAAAGAAGCAAGAGAUGGAGAAAAACAGUGAUGGCUGUUCCCUGGCACAUAAAAUGGAGCAUGAGCAAAUAGAGACACAGAGCCAGAUUAGCGACAGUAGUCAAAAAAAUAAUGAAUUUGGAAUAGCAGAAAAUUAUAAGGAGGCAUUGACACAGCAGUUGGCAAAUGAGGAUGAGAUAGACCAGCGAUCUUCAGAAUCAGAUAAUAGUAAAAAGAAAACUAAGAAACUAAGAAUGAAAAGGAGUCACCGUGUAGAACCAGUUAAUACAGAUGAUUCUGCUCCUAAGAGUCCAACACCACCUCCACCUCCUCUUCCUGUUGGCUGGGGAACCCCCAAAGUCACUAGACUUCCAAAACUUGAGCCUCUUGGUGAAACACGUCGUAAUGAUUUCUAUGGAAAGCCACUGCCUCCCCUGGCUGUGCGACAGAGACCUAACAGCGAUGUUCAUGACGUGAUCUCAUAACCAAGUCAUAUGGAUUGGCUCUCCUACUAUCAGCAAGGUGCACUCGAACUUUCUCCUUUCUCAGAAGAAAAACUUUGAGUGUUAAUGGCUGGGGCAAGAUAACCAUAAUGAUGAGGAGAUUAAUAAUGAGGAGUUUAAUAGCAAAGAUUAAUAGCAAAGGAUCUGACCUGAUAUUUGACUUCUCUACAUUCUUCAUGUUAAAACAGAAAGGAAACAGAAUGACAAAUAGAUGGGUGUGAGCAGUUGGACCAACUUAAACAAGAUCUAGUGUUGACCUUUUGGUUUACACAUCAUCACUCUUGGGCAUAUUCCUGAAGGAAAACAUCUUCAGAAAUAGAGCCAGUGGACUCUGCAUAUUUUCUUUACUAUUUGUUUAAUAGUUUGUAAUUUCUAUAUAUUAAGCAUUUUUGUAAGAUGUGUGCACAGGAGAACUGGGAACUCAUAAACUAAAUUUUUAACUAUUUUUAUAUUUUUCUAAAACCUUGUUUAGGAAUUGUAAUUGCUAUUAUAUUGAUUUUGCACUUUUCUUAGAUGGUUUCUUUAAAUUGUAUCUGGAAAAUAGAAUUAAUUUAUUUGCCAGAUCAUGAAUAGUCCUCCUACAAACAGGAUAUAUUAUGUGGCUUGAAGUAUGUUUUAUAAUGACAUGGUUCCUAAAGUGUACAUCCAAAUUUGACCUCAUUUUUAAAAUGAUAUCUUUUUAUAAAAGCGGAUUUUGAGAUGUUUAUUCUACCAAAUUAUGUAAUUUGAAAGAAAUACCCAAGAACAGAGUUCAGUUUUGUUAUUGUUAUUUUGUUUGUUUUCUUUCUUGAUGAGCUCAAUAAAUAAAAGGGACUUGAAAUACCUUUUUCACGUAAAUUUUUUAAUAUUAAUAAAAAUAUGUUCUAUGCGAUAUUGAAAGUCCCAGUAAACUCUCAUUUUAAGGGCUAGAAUUUUUAGAGAUGAAGGUGCUCCCUGUCACUCUUUUGUUCUGUCAGAGAUGUACAGUGCCACUUUAGGUUAUUCUCUAUCAUGUCUUGAAGUUAAAGGCAAAAAGACUGAAAAAGCUACUGUAGAUGUAAAGACAUGUUUUACCACAAAUGGCUUGGGUAUCAAAGUAAUAAGAAUAUACAUGUUCGUUCAAACUUAAAUUUUGUAAAGAAUUUUAAAAUAAUUUUUCAAUUUAAAGUAACACUUCUCUUACAGCAAGAUUGGCAUUCAUAGAGUUCUUUAUUCAUUUGUCAUUUAAAUAAACUUUCAGAUGUGUAUUUUGAGUCAUAGAUUGAUAAUGUUCAGUUUAAUUAAAAGUAUAUCAAAGUAAAAAUGCAAUAAACAGAACAGUUUUUAUAUAACCUUGCUAAGAUUGGUGCUUUGGGUACCUUGUACUGACAACAGAUCAACUACAUUUGAUAGUAACAUUAAUAUUAAGUAUGUCUAACACAUUUUAAUGAUUACUUUUAAGAUUUUUGUUUUAGAGCAUCAUUUUAUUCACAUUUUUUAACUCACUGAAUGUUAUUAAUCAGGUAACUUAUUACAACAGUCUGCAUUGUUUAGAUUCUUGGAGCUUGCACAUGGGACCUACCUAGCAUACUAAGUGAAAACCAAUCUACAGCAGAUAAAAAUUCAUAACAACUAAAACUUGAUAGGAGGGUGAAAUGUGAGGAAAAAUACUACAGGAAGACAGGAUGUAUUUUCAGAAAGGGAUUUUAGAGGAUAAAUUGCCCAUUUUUCUGGUUUCUUUUGUACUAUUUACAUAUUAAUUUUUGACACUAAAUUCAUACUUCUGUCAUCUUUGUAAUACUCACCUAGUUUGAGAGUGUUUUUUAAAAUCUUUGUUUCCUACCAGUAUUUACUGUAGUAUACAGUAAUUACUGACUCCAUCUUUGAAAAUAAAAAUGAUUUUUAAAUUAAAUAUAUAAUAAAAUUAAUGUUUUAUGUAGCUCACUCAAAACAUAAUUUUUAUUAUUAAAGCAUUAUGAAUAUACUUUCUAAGGUAUUUUGUAAAUCCAGGUGGAUUUUAAUAAUUAAAUGCCUAUUUUGUAAU